AUGCAUACCGCAUUCAGUGAGAAACACGAUCCGAUAUCGCUUUCUGGAGCACUCACCAGCUCUCAUCGGGAUACUUUAAUCUGUCCCGACAGUAUCGAGCUGCAAGUUCCCAUCAAAGAACUUCAUAAUGGCGUGCAUGGGACCACUCUUACGACCCAGAAGACUCGCGAUGAGCCCACCUCGUCAGUGCCCAACACCUCUUCGGAUCUACACAGUUCACGCACACUCUCCCGUACUCGAUCCGUUGUGGUGGUAGCUACCAUGACCGGCCUGAUGGUGCUCAAUUCAAUGGGCUCAGGCAUCCUCAUCGCCGCGACUCCUCGCAUCGCCUCUGAUCUAGGCCUCUCGCAAGCCAUGAUCCUCUGGCCUGCAGCCGUUUACUCCCUGGCCGCCGGGUGCCUCUUGCUCAUCUUCGGCGCGGCCGCCGAUGCCAUUGGCGUCAAGCAAGUCUGGCUGGCGGGCGGGUUCCUGUAUACCUUCUUCACCCUUGCCAUCGGCUUUGCGCAGACGGGCGCGCAGAUGAUCGCCUUUCGCGCGCUUUCUGGCGUGGCGAUCGCGAUGUGUAUGCCGACGUCGGUGAGCCUGAUUACCAACACAUUUCCAUCAGGUCCUUGGCGCAACACGGCGUUUGCGAUGAACGGGAUGGGUCAGCCGCUGGGUUACGCCGUGGGACUGGUCCUGGGCGGCAUCCUGACGGACACGGUGGGCUGGCGGUGGGCAUACUACAUGAUGACCAUUGUGAGUUUCUGCCUGACGACCGCAGCGUUUGGAGCUUUGCCGAGGGUUCCUCGCCAUUCAGACAAGCCGUGGAGGCAGCAGCUGCUCGAGGACAUCGACUGGAUCGGUGCCUUCGUCAUGAGUGCAGGACUCGGAUUACUAUUCUACGCCUUGGCAACGGUGGCGAGCUCGUACGAGAGCAUCCGCAGCGCGAAGUCAAUUGCGAUCUUGAUCCUUUCGAUCGGCCUAUUGGCAGCAUUUCCGUUCUGGAUGCAGUUCUGCGAGAGACAUCACCGACCCGCAUUGAUUCCUAACAAGUUGUGGCAACAGGCGAGCUUCACCACCGCUUGCAUCGCUGUGUUCGUCUGCUGGGCAAGUCUGAUAGGCAUCGAGUACUUCACUAUGCUUUAUUUCCAGCAAGUCGAAGGCAUCACCGCGUUACAAGCCUCCAUUCGCUUCCUCGGGGAAGUCGUAACGGGUAUCGUCGGCAACAUCGCAACCGCAUACCUAGUGUCCGUCGUCGAGAUUCGCUAUCUGGCCGUUGUCACCGCGCUUGUGACCAUGGUCGGUCCACCACUCAUGGCCACGGUCGAGAUUGGCGAGAAUUACUGGUACAGGCCGUUUUGGGCAUUGUUGCUUGCGCCCGUGAAUACAGACGUCCUCUUCACCGUCUCGAAUCUGAUCAUAGCCGACGCCUUUCCGGGCUCAUUUCAAUCCCUCGCAGGUGGCGUUUUCGCGGAAGUCACGCAACUGGGAAACGCUUGUGGUCUUGCCGUAACGGCCGCCAUUGCCGCGAGCGUCUCUGAUCGGCAAACUCAGGCGUCAGGGACUGAACUCUCUUUGGCAGAGAAAAGGGAGGCUUUGAUGACGGGGUUCCGAGCGGUGUUCUGGACGGUGUUCGCUGGCACGUCGAUUGUCGCUGUGGUCUGUUCGGUAGGGUUUAGAAGGGGAGGAAUAGUUGGGAAGAAGAGAGACUGA